AUGAGUACACAGAACACGAAUUAUCAAUUACCAAUUUUACUUCAAAUGCAGCACAAUUUGACGGGUCAAGAUGUGACAAGCAACGCCCUCGAUCGUGUAGAGGAAUCUGAUGAAAGUAGUGAUAGUAUUAAUUUGGAUAGUGAUCAAAAAAUACUGUCUAAUGAAUCUUCAGAUGAAUCUGAACAGAUCGAGGCGGAGAAUACGUCUAAGCUAAGUAGUGUUCCCGAUGCAUCGUUCAAGCAUAAAUUGUAUACUCAGGCCCCUGUAACUUUGGAGUACAAUUCUUACAAAGACAGUAUAGUGCCUCUUCUUGAUACUAAUCCAAGUGAUGUACGAAUUUCGGUCGCGAUGUGUACACUUGGAAGUCGGGAACCUAACAAGACCGAUUGUUUCAAGUACUUUGUCUGUAAUCCUCACAAUGGAGCUUUCCAAUCGUUUACUUGUCCAUCGUUUACGGCUUUCAACAAAGAUUCCCGCCUUUGUGACACAGCAUCGUACCAAGUCUGUAUGACCCAAAAGAUUGAUGUUUCCACAAAUCGGCCGGCUAUACUUUACAAGGGCUCAUUAUCGCAGCAUAGUUCGCAUCUCUCAAAGAACGACUUGUUAACUGCUCAGAAAUACGCAGAGCUCAUACGGUUGGAAGCAAACAAAUUACUAACCCGUAAUAGCAUGCCUUUACCACCGGAACAGGUAGUAGUAAUGCCGGGGAUGCACACUGUUAGCACUGCUGUUCUCGAUGCUGUGAAACCAACCGGGAAGAUUCGUCGAAAGUCAUCCUCGGGAAAAAAAAAACACGCCCAAAUAACGACUAUGACAUCUACCACUACAACGACCGCAACUCCAACUGCAAAGUGCUGCAAUUCCGUUCGCAAAGCGCCUCGUUGUCGGGCUGAGGGGCGCGUACCGAAUCCCAUGGAUGAAUACAGCUACUAUGUAUGUCACCGAAAAAAUCAGAGAAAAUUUGUCAAGAUGAAAAUUACUUGUCCAUCUGGGCAAAAAUAUUGCGCAGCAUCUCAAUACUGUACAUCUAGCUGCUGA